CUUUCCGGACCAGGCUGAGGAGGAGGCGCCAUCAUGGGAGUUGACAUCCGCCACAACAAGGACCGAAAGGUUCGUCGCAAGGAGCCCAAGAGCCAGGACAUCUACCUGCGACUGUUGGUCAAGCUGUACAGGUUUCUGGCAAGACGGACCAAUUCCACUUUCAACCAAGUUGUGCUGAAGAGGCUGUUCAUGAGUCGCACCAACCGGCCACCCCUGUCCCUUUCUCGGAUGAUCCGGAAGAUGAAGCUUCCUGGCCGGGAGAACAAGACAGCUGUGGUCGUGGGGACCAUCACAGAUGAUGUGCGGGUUCAGGAGGUGCCCAAGCUGAAGGUGUGUGCACUGCGCGUGAGCAGCCGUGCCCGGAGCCGCAUCCUCAAGGCUGGGGGCAAGAUCCUCACCUUUGACCAGUUGGCCCUGGACUCCCCUAAGGGCUGUGGGACUGUCCUGCUGUCUGGUCCACGCAAGGGCCGUGAGGUGUACAGGCAUUUUGGCAAGGCACCCGGAACCCCGCACAGCCACACCAAACCCUACGUUCGCUCCAAGGGCCCGAAGUUCGAGCGUGCCAGGGGCCGGCGGGCUAGCCGAGGCUACAAAAAUUAACCUCAGAUUUUGCCCUGUUAUUAAAAACAUUUUAGAUGCCA